UCAUACUAUAAUAAAUCUAAGAAGAGUUUAAUCUAUGCCUUUGAGUUGUCAAGUUUGGGGAAGGAAUUCAAAAAAAAUUUAGGGGGUGGGGGGGAAAAGAAUCAAAAAUAUGGAAUUAUAUACACCCCUGCUUUUUUUGUUAUUCUUAUGUUUUGUAAAGGGGUUUAGUAUUCCUUGCGCGUAUGCACUCAUGUUGAAUAAAACUAAAGAAGCAUAUACAGCUGUCUUCAACAAGAUCAUGGACCUGGGUGUCGCAAAUGGUUUGAAUAUAGAUCCUCCUCUCAUGAUAAUGGAUUUUGAGAGGGGAGCUGCCAUGGCUGCUCAUGAUGUCUGGCCUAACUGCAGGGUUAGAUUCUGCAACUUCCAUUUCAAACAGUCGUUGUGGAGCAGAUUUCGAGAUGAACAUUUGCAGCCGGUCUAUACGAACCAGCCUAUACAUCCUGACGGAUCCAGGUGUAACAUGAAGAAAAUCUACCACAAGAUUCUGGUGAUGGGUGAUUUGCCCCAUCAAGUUGUAGGAGUGAACUACACCCUUUUCAUGGGUGAUGCCCAGGUUCAGGCGGAGACUGCAGCUCAUCCAACCUUCUUAACCUGGCUGGGGUAUGUCAACAGGGUAUAUAUGAACCCAGACCCACAGUUCCUCUGCUAUCGUCCAGUGACAUGGAAUGUGUUCGAUCGAAACAGAGAAACCAGAACUAACAACAUAUGCGAGGGUUUUAAUUCUAGACUGAAGGACACAUAUAACAGAAAUGGUAACAUUCCUGAUCUCUGGAGAGACGUACAAGAAGCACACUUUUUCAGUAAGAUGGGAUAGGGAGUAAUUCUGGAUGGGAGGAAUACCAAAGAAAUCGUAAAUUAAACUACUGUGAUAAAUCAUAUAUUAUGUGAUAGACUAAGUCAAUUGUGCAAUUAUUGAACGUAAAUUUUUAAUAUCAUUACUUUUAGGCAUUUUUUUUCAGAAGAAAAAAAGAACUGGGGAACAUUGUAGCAGGGUUAACUUGGUUGAGCAAAUGAAUAUACAGGAUGCAUAGUGGAUAUCAAGAUCGCUACUGAAAACGGAAGCAACCCGGGCCAUGCAGGAGGGCAGGGUUUAAAUGGUGCACGGGGAAUGUCAAGAUUUCUACAGAGAUGAAGAAGGACAUUGAUAAGUACUUGAAGGACAACCAACGUUUUGAGGCAAACCUUCAACCUGGCGAAAAAAAGUUUCCCAAUACUCAGGUAAAUA